AUGGCAGCAGCUCAUCUUCCACCAGGUAGUCUGGCUCCUGCACCACCUACCAAUGAGGAAGUGCAGGAGUUGAAGGUUCCUCAACACCUCGUCCGCAAGCCCGCAUCGCAUGCCCCUGCCGCAGUCUCUACUCAGGUAAAGCCAAGUGAGCAACCGGGGUCUUCCAUAGCGAACCUCUCUCAGGCUCCCUCAAAUCCGGCGCAACCGGUCAACUCCCAGGCGACUGCGCCCGUGGACAGCCCAUCGACUGCGACGGCGGGCGCGCGUAUAAUCCCCAAACCCGUCUCGGAGAUCGAUCCGAUCUUCCUGACCAAGUCGGAUGAUCUAGUCCGUGCGGAGCUGCAGCUUCAGCGGCAACGCUUGGAGAGGACACUGCGAGAGCAGCUGGAUCAGAGGAAGCAAGAAUCGAGACACAAAGCCUCGCUGCAGGACACAAAGCCGGACUUCGAUGUCUCGGAUGUGUUGGUGAGGGCGUUUGAGAUGGUCAAGCCAUCGCCUUCGGUUGAUGUGCCAGCCACGGGUGCGACUAGCGACUCGUUCGAUGAUAACUCAUUCUACUCUAGCAGAGCCCCGGACUCUCCACAGCAUGGCCCUCCACAGCCGUCCCUAGCUCCCGCCAUGACUGCGGAGGAGCCGAUAGUGGUUGACUCUCCGGCAGAGAACUACUCAGAUGAGUUGCAACGGCUUGAAGCCCUCAACCGCAAUGACUCGGAUCUGGAAAUGCAUGAUACUUACCCCGUUGCAGACCCCCGACUGCCGCAUCGCGUCCAGAGACCACCUCAUCAUGCGGGGGGGGCUCACAGGCCUCAUAAACACCAGGAACCCCAGCAAGCGGUCGAAGCGGUGGAAGAACCCGAGUAUUCCCCACCGGCGCCGGGGGUGGCCCCGAUGGAAAGACAGGAGGGCCCUGAUCCCCAAAGAGAUUAUCUUAGCAAACAACGAGGCCAUGAUGGCCGGCAGUACGACCGAGCGCGUUAUAAUCGCAGGUCGAUGUCGCCUCGAAACGACAUUAGGGUUGUACAGAAUCAUAUUACCUCCCCCGCGGCUCCACAGCCGUCCAGGGUUUCUCCUUUGGCCAUUGCUAAAGUUCCUUCUGUCCACCAGCUCAGAGAUCUUCGCCCCGGCUACGGUCCGGACAACCAGGCCAGUCCAAACCACUCGCCCCAGUCGUUGAUGCCGCGGAAGCGUAGAAGGUUGCAGGGGGAUAGGGCUCCACCCGGGCAAGCGCCGUACCGGCCGCAAGCCGGCGGUGCGACCGAGCCGCACAUCAAAGAGGAGCCGGUGUCGCCGCCCCCCUUCGUUGAUGCGCCGCCAAUGUUCCGCAGCCGCCCGACUCACGAACGGCCGAUUUACAUUGAUGCACCGUCUCCUCGGUACACUCCAGUUUACCAGAGGAUGGAGCCACCAAGCAGAGACCCUGCUUAUGAGGUGGAUCCCUAUGAGAUCCAGGGCGAGCUUGGGGCUCCACGGACGGUGUCGCAACUCGGUGCCAGGCGGUCAAUGCGUGACGAUCAAGACCUGCGGAGGGUUGCAAGCCUGCAACACGCGCGACAGCCCGAUUAUCAGCGGGAAUAUGUUGACCAAAUCAGCCCUCGCGCAAUGCGAGCGGCGUCUUAUGCAAUUGUCGACCCCUCGCCACAGGAACGGACCAGGUAUUAUGAAGAACCACCACCGCCGCAGCCCGCGAGACGCUACAUAGCCGCGGGCGAGCAGGCGACAUCACCGCGAUACCGGGAAGCAUACUACGAGGAAGAGCCUGUAAACCGACUCGUGGCAGCACCAGCGCGGAGAAUCAUUGUGGAUGAGCACGGGAACCAAUACUACGAAGCGAGCCCUCCAAGGAUCCAAGCCAUGGCCCCGCCACCAGCGGCUCGGGUGCCGAGGAAUGAGAUCUACGAGGACCGCCCACCAGCGAUGCAUCAGCCCAGCUCUCGUGCGCCCUCUGUUGUGGAAGAUCCCUACGGCGGCCGGAGGUAUGUACAGGAGAUGCCUCCCCCACCAAGUGCUUAUCGACGGGUCGCCGACUACACACGCCCCAGCCUGGGGGCCAGCCUGGGGGAACGACGACCGUACGCCACGCCGAUGGACGAUCGGGAGCCGUACCCCAGAAGCAACAGCGUCCAGGUCGCCGACUACUCGGUGCGUCGACAAGUGCCUUACGUGGAAGAGACCGAGAUCCCGCGUGGGGAACGGAUCGUCCGGAUGCCCAGCGUGCGACCGCCGACCUCCCGGCACGAGGAGCCUCGAGAAGUGAUCCAGCGGGUGGAGAGUGUGCGACCCGCCGGGCAGGAGUUGGGUGUGUACCUGGACGACGGGAGCCGUCGUCCGAGGGAAUACAUCGAACGACCGAUGUACGUCUCCGCGCGGCCGGUGGCUCGAGAGGAACGAUACUACGAUCCUGCUGACCCCGAACGGAUGGUCCUGGACCGGGGCCGGGAUGUCGUCCAUCGGGUCCCUCAGCGAUACCAGUGAUGUUUUGUGCAUUUGUCAUGGCCUUGAUAUGGUCACUGUGAAUAUUAGCAUGUGUUGCCGUACAAUGAUUAAUACUUGUAACUAGCCAAUCCUACUGUACUUAGCUCGGCAGGUGUUCCUGACCUGACAACAUAUGAUAUCCAUUUGUCC